GGGGCCGGUCUCGCGCGGUCUAGAGGUGGAGUUGCUGGCGGCGGUGGCGGCGGUGACGGCGGCGACGGAGGAGGCUGGCGGUGGGGCGGGGGCGGGGACUAGGGAUCCUGAGGUGUGGGAUCGGGAGUUUCUGGAUUCUUUAUCCGGUAUUUUAAGGGCCGCCGGAGGGCUGUCGUUUGUGCCGUGUUUAGGAGCGGCCGGGGCAGGAGCAUCGGCAGCGCAGAGGCGCGGAGAGUAACAAAGUUAACCUUGAGUUUUGUGAAAUACCAGAGAAGAGAAACUAAGAGGACAGUAGACAAGGUUUUUCCAGUUUGCAUAAUAUUUUCUUCAUGGAUAUUUUUCAUAGCAUUAUUAUAUGAUGUGAGAAGUUUUUUUUUUUUUUUUUUGAAGUAACAUGGAUUUUAUACUACAGAAUGAAGAGAAUUGGCUUAAUAGGAAAAAUUGAUUUAUAAAAAGUGAUACAGGUUUUUAUAGAUAACCAUGACAACAUCCCAUAUGAAUGGGCAUGUUACAGAGGAAUCAGACCACGAAGUAAAAAAUGUUGAUCUUGCAUCACCAGAGGAACAUCAGAAACACCGAGAGAUGGCUGUCGACUGCCCCGGAGAUUUGGGCAACAGGAUGAUGCCAGUACGUCGGAGUGCACAGUUGGAGCGUAUUCGACAGCAACAGGAGGACAUGAGACGUAGGCGAGAGGAAGAAGGGAAAAAGCAAGAACUUGACCUUAAUUCUUCCAUGAGACUUAAGAAACUAGCCCAGAUUCCUCCAAAGACUGGAAUAGAUAACCCUAUAUUUGAUACAGAGGAAGGAAUUGUCUUAGAAAGUCCUCAUUAUGCUGUGAAAAUAUUAGAAGUAGAAGACUUGUUUUCUUCACUUAAACAUAUCCAACAUACUUUGGUAGAUUCUCAGAGCCAGGAGGAUAUUUCACUACUUUUACAACUUGUUCAGAAUAAAGAUUUCCAGAAUGCAUUUAAGAUACACAACGCUGUCACUGUACACAUGAACAAGGCCAGUCCUCCAUUUCCUCUUAUCUCCAAUGCACAAGAUCUUGCACAAGAGGUACAGACUGUUUUGAAGCCAGUCCAUCAGAAGGAAGGCCAGGAAUUAACUGCUUUGCUGAAUGCUCCACAUAUUCAGGCACUUUUACUGGCCCAUGAUAAGGUUGCUGAGCAGGAAAUGCAGCUAGAGCCCAUUACAGAGGAGAGAGUUUAUGAAAGCAUUGGCCAAUAUGGAGGAGAAACUGUAAAAAUAGUUCGUAUAGAAAAGGCUCGUGAUAUUCCUUUGGGUGCUACAGUUCGGAAUGAAAUGGAUUCUGUCAUCAUUAGCCGAAUAGUAAAAGGAGGUGCUGCAGAGAAGAGUGGUUUGUUACACGAAGGAGAUGAAGUGCUAGAGAUUAAUGGCAUUGAAAUCCGAGGAAAAGAUGUCAAUGAGGUUUUUGACUUAUUGUCAGACAUGCACGGUACUUUGACAUUCGUACUGAUUCCCAGUCAACAGAUCAAGCCUCCUCCUGCUAAGGAAACAGUAAUCCAUGUGAAAGCUCAUUUUGACUACGACCCCUCAGAUGACCCUUAUGUUCCAUGUCGAGAGUUAGGUCUGUCUUUUCAAAAAGGGGAUAUACUCCAUGUGAUCAGUCAAGAAGACCCAAACUGGUGGCAGGCCUACAGGGAAGGGGACGAGGACAAUCAGCCUCUGGCUGGGCUUGUUCCAGGGAAAAGCUUUCAGCAGCAAAGGGAAGCCAUGAAACAAACCAUAGAAGAAGAUAAGGAGCCAGAAAAAUCAGGAAAACUAUGGUGUGCAAAGAAGAAUAAAAAGAAGAGGAAAAAGGUUUUAUAUAAUGCCAAUAAAAAUGAUGAUUACGACAAUGAGGAAAUCUUAACCUAUGAGGAAAUGUCACUUUACCAUCAGCCAGCAAAUAGGAAAAGACCUAUUAUCUUGAUUGGUCCACAGAACUGUGGCCAGAAUGAAUUGCGGCAGAGGCUCAUGAACAAAGAAAAAGACCGCUUUGCAUCUGCAGUUCCUCAUACAACUCGGAGUAGGCGAGACCAUGAGGUAGCUGGUAGAGAUUACCACUUUGUUUCACGGCAAGCUUUUGAGGCAGACGUAGCAGCUGGAAAGUUCAUUGAGCAUGGUGAAUUUGAGAAAAAUUUGUAUGGAACCAGCAUAGAUUCUGUACGGCAAGUGAUCAACUCUGGCAAAAUAUGUCUUUUAAGUCUUCGUGCACAGUCAUUGAAGACCCUCCGGAAUUCAGAUUUGAAACCAUAUAUUAUCUUCAUUGCACCCCCAUCACAAGAAAGACUUCGGGCAUUACUGGCAAAAGAAGGAAAAAAUCCAAAGCCUGAAGAGUUGAGAGAAAUCAUUGAGAAGACUAGAGAGAUGGAGCAGAACAAUGGCCACUACUUUGACACAGCGAUUGUGAAUUCAGAUCUUGAUAAAGCCUAUCAGGAAUUGCUUAGGUUAAUUAACAAACUUGAUACUGAACCUCAGUGGGUACCGUCCACUUGGCUGAGGUGAAGGAAACAUCAUUUAUAGCAUGUUGGACUUGGUCUGGCAAACUGCCAAGGAAGACGCCCCCCCCACCCCCACCCCCCCACUUCAGCAAGAUUUUGAGGAUAAAGUGGACGGCAGCAGUUAUCAGCUGGUAUAAGCUGCAGACCUUUUCCUAGCCUUCUUGAAAAGAAGGUCCCCUUAGGCAGCUUGUGUCUAGCAUUCUAUAGUCUCUGUACAUGGCUGUAGGGGUUCUUGUCUCCAAUAGAGCAGUCCUGUUAUCCUGUUAAAAACUUUUUUUUUCCACUUCACUAAAUCUUUUCAUAUUUCCAUGAAAAACUUAGUAUGUACACAAGAGUCCAUGUCUCACAGUGAUAAAUAUUGAUGUUAUUUAACACUUAACUUAAAUGACUUCAUGGAGUAUUUGAGGGGCAGGGGAGACUGUCCUUGUAUGCACUGGGCAAAACAGUAUUUGCUUAGGAAACUAGUGUAGUCACCAGACACACUUGACUGAAAAAGGAAAAAUAAACUGGUGCCACUUGGUUUGGAGCUACUCUAUUAGGUUUGAAUUCAUUUGUAUAUCUUUCACUUCUAAAGAAAAAAAAACCACUCCCCCAGAGGCCCCAGUCUUUUAUGCUCACUUUGUAUAUCAGGUUGCACACCUGGCUGACUAAUCUAGUUAAAGGAAAAUAUGCUGAUCCUUUGAAAGAUGAUUUUGAGGUAUUUUUCUUAAACUGUACAACCAAAUUGCUAGCCGGCUUCCUUUCUCUGAUCUGCAUAGCACAAUAGAAUGUAUAAGUUACAUUUUUUUAUGAAUGGAAGAUGUUCAUAUAAACUGUGUUGACUGUUGAAGUUUCUUCCUCAUGGUGCAAAGUUUUUUAUAUACAUGAGAGGAUUUAGCACAUUUGACAGUUUUUACAUUGUUAGGUAUGAAGACAAUUCUAUGGCUGUGCUAUACACAUAUAUAUGUAGGUAAAAAACUGGAAUUCUCUUGAUGAAUAUAGCUGCUGUACUAUAUACUAAUGUUUAAUCUACAAAUGGUCAUUGAUAAUACUUGUUCUUCAUUGGAAUAAAAGUAUAUCCUAGGGAAAUACUAUGACAAUUGACUUUCAGAUCAGAAGGAAAAGGAAGAACUGAAAGUUAUUUGAACAUUUUAGGAAAAAAAAAACCAACUUGCAAAGGUGUUAUGCAUACAGAAAUAGGUUUUUAUCCUACCAGGGUCUGCCACCUAUGACCAGAAUGCAACAGCUUGCCAAAUCAUAAAGGAAAUGUUUAAGCUCAUGGGAUUUUUGUAGUCUCUAUAGCUGUUGCUUUAAAAUUCAGUGUCUAUAAUUGGCAUGAAAAGUUAUUUUGUAGUCUUUUCAAGCCUUUAAGAAUAGUGUGAUGUGUGACAAGCAGCCUCAAAUGUGAAUGCCUUGAUUUUUCAUGGUGACUUUAGCUACAGCAUUUCCUAUUCCCAAAGCAAAACACUGGAAUAAUACUGACUUGUCAUUUAAUUUAACAUAAGCAACUGUUUUUUAAUCAAUAGUCUGUGUCAGUGUCAUGUAUAUAUUUGAUUUUUUUCUCUCCUACACUGUGUUAUUUGAACAAAUGCAGACAAUAUCUAUAUUGCCUUUCUCUGUUUAAAUUUGCAUGGCCUAUAAAGUUGGCUGAAGAGUCUCUUUAUGUGGAAAUAUUUUCAAGAUAAUGUUCCUUAGGAGGAAAGUUAACAUUCGAAUUGAGGGAAGAAAUGCCAUGCAUACCGUCUUUUCAGGUCAGAACCCUCCAGCUUAUUGCAGAAAAAAAUGCAGAAAGUUCACACUCAUUUUCAGCAUUGAAAACCAGGAAUAUAUUUAGCAUGUAAUCUUUUCGGUUUCCCAGUUUACUAUCUCCUCAGGAAUGAAAGGUAGUCUAUAGAGUUUUCUGAUCUGUUACUGUAACUGACAGCUACUUUCAACCCACCAUCUAAAAUAAUGACAGUUCAUGUUAAAAGUGAGGCUUUAGGAAAUGUCAGUGAGGGGCUAUUGUGCCACUGCAGGUAUCAGGCCUAUAUAGGGGCAUGUUUGGAGACACAUGGCUUUAACAAGUAGAUCCUGUACUAAGGCACCUGUCAUGCCAUACUUUCAGGAAGUAGGCACUUUUUAGGAUUAAUGAAGUCCCACAGUUCUGUCCUUCAUCAGCAAUGUUGGAGAUAUAAAAAUGUUUAUGUCCUGGCUCAGUGCCUGUAGGUCAGUGGCUAGGGCACCAGCCACAGACAUGGGAGC